GUAGUUUUGGCUGAUUAUGAUUAUAGCUAGAACUCCCCCUCGUGCCACAGUUAUGUUUUGGAGGGUUGAAGCCUUGAGCUUUACAUGCAUCAUACAUGGGAAGUGGAAGCGAGAAGAGGGGAUACAAGAAAGAUUUUCCUUUUCGUUCUCCAUUCAUGAUCAUGCGAAUGCGAGACAACAGUUAAAAAGGACACUCACUUGGACUUGGGGCUGUCGUCGUCGUCUUCUUUUCACCUUCAACUCUCCUCCUCUCAGUUACUGUCUUUAUAAUGGAAAUAAAAAGAGCUUUAAUUUGCUGCUUUCAUCAACUGCACACUCAAAAGUGAGUAGAUUUACAGUACUCCACCAUCUGAUUCUGGGCAUCUCUCUCUCUCUCUCAGCUCUCUGUGACAGAUGGCAGAGGGACGCAUAUAUCAUAUAUGGCGAAAAAACAGCAAAAAAAAAAAGGCACAAAAUAAAUCCGCGUCAGCACCAGAAUGAAUUCACCACUCUGGGUAACUGAACGCAGUGUAGUCGCCCGCCCUUUCUCGUGAAAAGGCGCAUAAUAACAAAUUAUAAUGAUAAAAAUCCUCCCAUGCGCCGCUAGGUGUCACUCCCCCGCUUCUCCGUUUUGUACCUUUACCUAACUUAUUAUUGUUUUCAAUUUGUUAUCUCGUCUCCGACCUCCCUCAUAGUCAUCUGUGUUACUACUGUAUAUGAUAUGUUCUCUCUCUCUCUCUCUCUCUCCAUAUAUAUAAAUCUCUCAACUUGAUAACAUUCUUAACUCUUAACCCUCCCUACCCAACACCAUCCUUUCCUUUCCUUCCUCUGACAACAGUUCUGAAACUCCUCCCACUCGGCCAUGGACACUAAGAAGAAGAAGAAGGUGACGACCUCCGUCGAGGACGCUGACGUGCGCUCUGAUGAGUCUCCCUGUAACAACCCAUGCUGUUUUUUCUGUAUCAUGAAGGAGUCGAAUCCAUCUCUUAGAAGAGCUGGGAUCGCUAAAUGCUUUGAAGAGAUGCCUCACCAAGACGAUCAAGAACAAGUUCUGGUUCUUAGUGGUCUCUGGACCAUCGCCAUGUCUCAGCCUGACGACCCUGAAUUCCCGUCCCUCGGCAUCUUUGAAUGCAUGGGUUCUCUAAUCCAUAGAGGAGUCAACGACCGGGAUUGGCUUCUGAGAGACCAGAAUAUUUACAUCCCCUAUUACGCCGCUCACGUCAUCGGUUCCUACACUAUGAAUAAGGUCGAGUUCGCAGAGGAAGCUGUGAAAUCUGGUGUAAUUUCACCACUGAUGGAGCUUCUUCGAGGGAAGAUCAGUUGGGUCGAGCAAAGAGUCGCCGUUCGAGCGCUGGGUCACCUGGCAAGUUACGAAAGAACAUUCGAGGCUGUUGCGCAACACGAAGAAGAGAUAGUCCAGCUAGCCAUGCAGUUGGCUUCCGCCUGCCUUGAUGUGGUGUAUGUUAAGUUCGUCGGGGUGAAGGAUAGGAAGAAGAGAUUGAAGUACCAAUGCGACUUACUUACCAGAGGGGUGGGAAGCUUGGAGAUGGAGAAUCGAAAAGCAGAGGAAUGGGCUAGCCAGCUUCAGUGCUGGUCUCUCUAUAUCCUAAAUUGCUUUGCCUGCAAAGAGAGAUCUCUGCAUCUCAUCUGCAAACGAGAGUUCUUGAAGGAUCUGAGCGAGAUGUGGGGUGGGUUGGUAAACCACAGUUCGCCUGCAGGGGUCGGACUCAUUAGAAUCCUUUGUUACAGCGAGACCGGCAGAAAAAGAAUUGCAGACUCAAGAGAAGUUAUAGAAACUCUCUGUAAUCUCUCGAGAUCUUCCGACGACUGGCAGUACAUGGGUAUCGACUGCCUUCUGUUUCUUCUCAGGGACCCAGAUACGAGGUACAAAGUAAUGGAGAUGGCAGCUAUGUCUCUGGCCGAUUUGGUUGAACUGCGAAGUCUCGCGGGAAGAUCAAGAGUAGGAGACCCAAUCGCAGAAGCGCUCCUAUUGGAUUACAAAGAAAAUAAAUCGAAAUUCAAGAACAACAAAAGGGUAGAGAGAGCUUUACAAGAGAUAUGGGAUUUGAAGGUGGAGAGGAGAAAGAUCCUCUCCGAACAAGAAGUGCAGGAGAGAAGGGCUUUAGUAAGUCUGUUAAAGCAACAAGGAAACGGUAGGUUUUGGUCCGGGGACAUCGAAGAAGCUGUACUGAAGUAUUCCGAAGCCCUGAAUUUGUGCUCGUUAAAGAUGAAAAAAGAGAGGAUUGUUCUUUAUAGUAACAGAGCCCAGUGUUAUUUGCUAUUGAGGAAUCCAGAACCUGCCAUUAGCGACACGACCCGAGCUCUGUGCCUGUCGAGUCCAGCGAACAGUCAUGGUAAGAGCCUCUGGAGGAGAUCACAGGCUUACGACAUGAAAGGAUUGACCAAGGAGAGUUUGAUGGACUGUAUAGUCUUCGUCAACAGCUGUAUCACGUCGGAGGAGACGAAACGUAUCAAGGUCCCCUACUACGCGGUUCGCAUGAUCAACAAGCAAAUGAAUGCCACAUGGCUUUUUGCUGGUGCCCAUUCCAGACAUUCGAGCAGAAAUGAAGACCGAGUAGACGAACCUGACGGUGAUGAUGAGAGAGAUGAAAAAGAGGAGGAGGAGGAGGAGGAGGGAGACGACGUCGACGAUCGAGAUGAUGAGAUGAUGAUGAUAAAGGAGAAAAAAGCUUAUUUGUCUGGACUGUCCACCAUUGCAGAAGAACCUUUCAUGGAAAAUCAACGGUGGAGCAGAAGAUUUGGAGGAGUAAGGAAGCAGCGAAAGAAAGGUCUGAUGUCUCGACUGACCCAAGCCAGAAUAGCCCCACAACCACAAAGUGUGAGGAAUAGGAGGAAAGACGAAUACUGAUCUAGUGUUUAGAUCACUCGGUCAGGGGUGGGUAAAGGAUUGUUUGUUAUCAAUGAAGCGAUGAUGAGAUGGAGUAUAUGUGAUUAAAGAAAAUAAUACAACAACGACAAAAAAAAGGGUAAAUAAUGAAAUAAAACGACCGUUCUCCAACAGAUAA